CUUCUUAAAUGUGAGAUUAAUGAGUAAUUAAUUAAAAAAAUGUAACUUUUUUUGGAGGGAAAGUAAAAAUAUUUUUAUUAAAUGUUUUAUUAAAUGGGAUUAGCUAGCAAUUAUAUAUAUAUAGAUUAUAUUCCAAUAACCCUUUCUCCACCAAACCCAUCUAAACGGACAAGCCAACGAAAUCUAACGUCCGUUAAUAAUAUACAACGGCGUAAGCUUUUGAUUCGACUGAAGAAAAAAAGAAUGUCGAGAUUUUGGAAACCUGGAACAGAGAAACCUCAGCUCGUGGAGGAUGAAGAAGGCGGCGUUCUGUUCUUCUCCGCCUCUCCUUCUUCUUCCGGGUAUGGGCACGCGAACCUCGAGAAGCAGAGGCAGAGGCUGCCGGUUUACAAGUACAGAACCGCCAUUCUUUACUUGGUCGAGACACGCGCCACCACAAUCGUCGUCGGAGAAACUGGAAGUGGGAAAACUACCCAAAUUCCUCAGUAUUUGAAAGAAGCUGGAUGGGCAGAGGGUGGACGAAUGAUAGCAUGUACACAACCAAGGCGUUUGGCUGUGCAGACAGUUGCUUCAAGGAUUUCAGAAGAGAUGGGUGUCAAACUAGGUGAUGAAGUUGGUUACACAAUUCGGUUUGAAGAUGUUACAAAUAACGAACUUACAAGGAUAAAGUUUCUCACUGAUGGAGUGUUGCUGAGGGAAAUGAUGGAUGAUCCUCUACUAAGCAAUGUGAUCAUGGUGGAUGAGGCUCAUGAAAGGUCUCUAUCAACCAAUAUUUUUUUGGGUCUCUUGAAGAAGAUACAACGGCGCCGACCUGAGCUCUGUCUUGUCAUAUCAUCAGCUACAAUUGAAGCAAAAUCAAUGGCUUCCUUUUUUAAUAACAGAAAAAAAGAAUGUCGAGAUUUUGGAAACCUGGAACAGAGAAACUUAAGCUCGUGGAGGAUGAAGAAGGCGGCGUUCUGUUCUUCUCCGCCUCUCCUUCUUCUUCCGGGUAUGGGCACGCGAACCUCGAGGCAGAGGCUGCCGCUUUACAAGUACAGAACCGCCAUUCUUUACUUGGUCGAGACACGCGCCACCACAAUCGUCAUCGGAGAAACUGGAAGUGGGAAAACUACCCAAAUUCCUCAGGUCUCCACCUGGAUUACUUUUAUUGAAAGAAGCUGGAUGGGCAGAGGGUGGACGAAUGAUAGCAUGUACACAACCAAGGCGUUUGGCUGUGCAGUUAGCAGUUUAUUUGGCAUUCAGACAGUUGCUUCAAGGGUUUCAGAAGAGAUGGGUGUCAAACUAGGUGAUGAAGUUGGUUACACAAUUCGGUUUGAAGAUAUUACAAAUAACGAACUUACAAGGAUAAAGUUUCUCACUGAUGGAGUGUUGCUGAGGGAAAUGAUGGAUGAUCCUCUACUAAGCAAGUACAGUGUGAUCAUGGUGGAUGAGGCUCAUGAAAGGUCUCUGUCAACCGAUAUUUUGUUGGGUCUCUUGAAGAAGGUACUUUCUUGUAUGUGUCUUGUCAUAUCAUCAGCUACAAUUGAAGCAAAAUCAAUGGCUUCUUUUUUUAAUAACAGGCGUCAAGGACGAGAUGAGGAAGAAAAUGGACCUAGUAAAGAGCCUGCCAUUCUUUCUGUCGAGGGUAGAGGAUUCAACGUGGAAAAUUUUUAUGUUGAGGAACCUGUUUCAGAUUAUAUCCGAGCUGCGGUUUCAACUGUACUCUCCAUUCAUGAUGAGGAGCCAAUGGGAGAUAUUCUUGUACUUCUUACCGGCCAAGAUGAUAUCGAUGCAGCGAUUCAGAUGCUUACAGAAGAUUCUCACAGUAGAAAGAAAGGAUUGCUUAUAUUGCCUCUGUAUUCUGGACUACCUCGUGCAGAUCAGGAUCUUGUAUUUUCCCCUACUCCUCGUGGGAAGAGAAAGGUAGUAAUAUCCACAAAUAUUGCAGAGACAUCAUUGACAUUGGAGGGUGUCGUCUACGUUGUUGACUGUGGUUUCUCAAAGCAACGCUUUUAUAAUCCGGUGACGGAUAUUGAAAAUUUAGUUGUGGCUCCAAUAUCUAAGGCUUCCGCCCGACAAAGGGCUGGUAGAGCCGGAAGAGUGCGGCCAGGAAAGUGUUACAGGCUUUAUACAGAAGAAUAUUUUAUGAACGAGAUGUCUCCUGAUGGUGUACCAGAGAUGCAAAGAUCAAAUCUUGUUUCCUGUGUGAUUCAGUUAAAAGCCCUAGGGAUAGACAACAUUUUGGGGUUCGACUGGCCAGCAUCACCUUCUCCUGAAGCACUAAUCAGAGCACUCGAAGUGUUGUACUCACUUGGAGUAAUCAAUGAUGAUGCAAAACUCACAUCUCCUGCUGGAUUCCAAAUUGCAGAAAUUCCUUUAGAACCAAUGGUUUCCAAAAUGAUUUUAGCUUCGAAUGACUAUGGCUGUUCUGAAGAAAUUAUAACAAUUGCUGCCGUGCUGUCUAUACAGUCGAUAUGGUUCUCUGUUAGAGGAGCUCAAAAGGAAUUGGAUGAAGCUAAGUUGAGAUUUGCCGCCUCUGAGGGGGAUCAUGUGACUUUCUUGAACGUGUAUAAAGGAUUUAUCGAGUCUGGUAAAUCUUCAAACUGGUGUCACAAAAACCAUGUAAACUACCAUGCCAUGAAAAAAGUCGAUGAAAUCCGAAAACAGCUGAGAAGAAUUGUUCAACGUUUAGGAAUAGCCUUGAAAUCUUGUGAAGGUGAUAUGCAGGUAGUUAGGAAGGCAAUCACUGCUGGAUUUUUCGCUAAUGCUUGCCGUUUAGAUGCAUUCAGUCAUAACGGGCUAUACAAGACCAUACGAAGCUCCCAAGAAGUAUAUAUCCAUCCUUCUUCCGUGCUAUUCAGAGUAAAUCCAAAAUGGGUCAUAUUCCACUCAAUCGUCUCCACUGACCGUCAAUACAUGCGCAAUGUCAUCUCGAUCGACCCAUCUUGGCUGACUGAGGUGGCCCCACAAUUUUACCAGCACCAGAAAAUCAAUCCUAGACCUCUUUAAUCGAUUUCUUGAUCCAGUAAAAAUAUUUGUCUAUUUUUAAAUAUACGCGCCUCAGAUAUGGGACUAACUUGAGGAAAAUCAGUGGAUGCUCAUGAUUUUUGUCUAGUUAAGAUUCUAAUAGAAUUGAUAAGUUAUGAAGUUGACAAGUGCAGGGAGCAAUUUAGACUCUAGAUUUUUUUUUUUUUUUUUUU